CCAAUGCGCUUUCCCUACAACCUCAUCGAUGUCGAUGGCUCAUUCCAACUUGCCUGUUCAUCACUUCUCAUCUCUUCGUACCGCCCCUUGGCUCCAAUAUUUCCCUCUUCCUCUCCUCCACACAACCCUCUCGCCGAUGCCCACGCCAAUGUGCAUCAUGCAUUGGAUUUGAACGCCUCACUCAACCCACUCUUUUCUCGCGCUCUACCCCUGUACCCGGCCCGGCGUCUUCUUGUGCAUGGCGACUGGGAGUCAGUUUCUGGCCCUUGCUUUGGUCGAGGUCUGGGCAACUGUGCCGCUCCCGAGGCGUCCAUCAUCAUCACGCCAGCCAUCUUUCACAACCAUCGCAGGGCUCCUACCGACAGCUGUGCCGCUCUGUUGCCAGGGAAAUCCUUUGCCCGGAGACCUUGCCCUACUACGUAGAGAAGGAUGGGCACCCAUGGCAUCAGGUUGCCAACUGGCUUACUUUCCAGAAGGUCUGACGCACCUGACCAUUGGGAAUUCCCUCAAUACCAAAGUUCCCCAGACUCAAUUGCCUACCUCUAUUCCCUGUUCUGCACGUUGUUGGCUGUCGUUCGGCAACGGCGGGGCAGUGCGGGGAGCUGGGAAAAGAAAUAUCGAUUGCGCAAGUGCCCGCAGAAGAGCAACGACACAGACGAAGCCAUUGACCCCGCGUCCUCGACUCCUCGUCAACCGUCAACACAAAAAUCGCGGGGCAUGCGACAACAAUGCGAAGUUGCCUACCAACUUCCUGCUGACCGUCAGCUCUCACCCAUGUUCCGUGGCGCCACCCCGACGCGACUUAUUCGCACAGCGUCCAAGAGGCUGGAGGCUUUGCCGCAUGCACAGUCUGAUCCGUUUGUCAUAGCUUCGAUUCUCGAUUCUCGAUGCUCAAUGCUCUUGAGCCGCUCCUUGUCAGUCACUUCAGCCGACACGCGACUAACAUACCCGAGCCAUUAUGGCGUGCUUUACUUAUCAGAUAGUUUCUCCAUCCGCUCUAGAGUCGCCGGCCAUCUCGCACCAGCAAAUGUCUGCCCUUCCGGGGCCAUGUUCCGGGGCUAUCAGGAUUAGCUGUUACUAUUCCUGAUAGAAACCAACACAUCAGACUUCAGUCUAGGGCGGCUGGUCCUAGCUGGGGCGAGUCGGGGGUAUCCCGCGGGAAACAAUGGGCCACCUGGACGAUCGCUGGGUCAUACUAUGGCAAUGGCGGCACUUGGGGAACUUGUGCCGAGCUUCAGUUGUCAACCCACGAACACGCCGGCCAUACGGGCAACAAGCGGCUUCACGUCUUGGCUGCCAACUGGGCACAGUCGGGCAAUGGCUCAGCCUGUUCUACCCAAUUUCGCGAUGGUUUUUGGAGUAUUCCAAAAAAAAAAAAAAAACAUGCAUCUUCCAAGCAAGUCUAGUAAACGGAUGACCGAGGUCUAGUUUGUCAACACUGUUUUUCUUGGAUUUGCCCGGCGCUGG